AUGUCUAUAAGGGCCUUGGAAGUGAGAAAGAAUGACCUCCCAAGAAUCAAUGAAACAUCAACAUCCUCAUCAACAUCCAAAACUACAAAGUCCAACAGAAAUAUUCCUUUUGCUAAUUUGGUUGACAGUCCUAACAAUCUUAAUGGUAAAAUGUUAUCCGCCCAACCUCAAAUGCAAGUUUCCAAUUUUGAACUAACUUUUUAUGGCAAUUCUUUUAUAUGCUGGCUUCACAUUAAUGUUAUCACACUUGAUUACUGUUAUCGAAUGAUCAAGCUUACUGUGCAGGUAUUGAAACAAUCGGCUACAGAUUACAUCAAAGGGUUUGAUUCUUCAUCAUAUGUGCUAUUACCUAGUGAUCAGUUGCGGAAACAAUUUUCUGAAAAAUCUCAGCCAGAGUCCUACACUAGUAUAUUUAAAUCUGCAGCUGUCAAAUCUGCAAUACCUGACCCUGAUGUGCCUUGUGAUGCUGAUUCAAGUUCAUCAGAACCGUCUUUCGUGCCACCAGGAGUGAAGCCAAGAAAUGGCGACGGAGACCAAGAUGCUGCUAUCACUGGAUUGUUGCAGAAUUUAUCUCUGGAUGGACUGGAACCCCAGUGGAUAAGGCCUCUGCCACCAAGGCUUCCAGUGCUAGAUGGAGAGCUUGUGUGGCUCAACCCUGAUAACAACCAUGAUUUGAUGUGGGAUUAUGGAAUGUGUGCUGACACCAGUCGUGGUGCUGCUGUGAAAGAUUUAAUAGCGAAAGCGUUGAAAGGCCCACUUGCACCUGCGCAACAAGAGCAAGUUCUUGUUGAACUAGCGAAUGACCCGAAGCUUGUCUAUCAUUGUGGCCUCACUCCAAAAAAGCUACCGGAACUUGUAGAGUACAAUCCAAUUAUAGCGGUUGAAGUUCGAUAAAGUUAAUGAAUUCUUCAGAAAUUGAAGAGUA